AUGUCACAACAACACGCACAAUCACGGGCCACUCCCCUCGAGCAUCAACCCAGUGUUUCAAGAUCCCGUCAACAAGGCCAAUCUGUUGUCGAGGAUGUCGUCAUCCCGGAGCAUCUUCUCCGCAUGGCAAGUGUCCGACGCAGUUGGAACUUGGACCACCGCGGAAGCUCUACCUACGCCGCUGAUGGCCCUGUGCAGAACAUUGCUCAGGCCCAGACGCAGCGGUUACGGCCAAACCUCUUCCGUGCAGCCAGCACCGGAUGGUACAACCGCACCACCAGAGCGCAACCCCAGAGGAGGCCAAGCCAACCUACCACUCGCCGGGAGGUUACGUCGUUGAGCAGUACCUCCAGCCAUGAGUCUUUCCGCCCCAAGCCUCAGCCCGCCACCCACAGGCCCGAAUCGGCCACUCAGGCUGAGGGGUCGGAUGGUCUGCAGCGCAGAGGAACCAUCACCCGUGUGGUAACGGCCGUCAUACCAGCUGCAGUGCAGCAGACGGCACAAGAGGUGGUCCAGAAUGUGCGGCGAAGCAGCAUGUACGAUGUGUACGAGAAGGCCAAGCAAAGAGGAACUGAGCUGCAACGAAAGCAGUGGGUGCAGUACCUGUUCGAGUACGCCUUUUAUACCUUUCUCAUCAUCUUCAUCUACCUGGUCCUGGUUGGCUUGCCCCUCUGGAAGGGCGCCGUCUACUGGCUGUGGUGGGUGGUCCAGAACAAGUUCGUCAUUGAGGGUGGCUAUGCUAUCACCAUCGGACUGGCCGCAUUGUAUGCCUUUUCGCCACUGCUCGUCCUUUUCGAAAAGGAUCCACCAAUGCCGAACCACCCCGAAGGCUAUGACCUGAUGCAGACCCCUGGUGUGGCCAACACUGCUCUUCUGAUUCCCUGCUACAAGUCUGCCGGCCUCAUUGCCAAAACGCUAGAGGCUGCCGUCAAGAUCUUCCCUCCUCAAAACAUUUUCGUCAUUGCCAACGGCAAUUCUCCGACGCCACUCGACAACACCGAGGAGGUCUGCCGUCCUUAUGGUGUGAACCAUGUCUGGUCUCCUGUUGGCUCGAAGAUUGUGGCCCAGUUUGUUGGUGCCUACGCUGCCAAAGGCUUCAAGGAUGUCCUCCUCAUCGACGAUGACUGCGCUCUGCCACCCAACUUUCCCAUUGUCAGUGACAGGUUGACGGGCAAGGUUCAAUGCAUUGGUUACACCAUCAAGUCUGUUGGGCCUGAGUCUUCCAAGGGAACCUUUUGCCAACAGGCACAGGAUCUCGAGUACAAGAUUUCUGGCCUGCAGCGUGCUCUUGCAGGAAAGAUUGGUUCCGCCACCUUCCCUCAUGGUGCCAUCUCGUUGUGGGACCGUGAGUUCUUGAUCAAGACCUUCCAUGACCACCCUGGCUUCAGCGUGUCUGAGGAUUGGUUCUUUGGACACAGCUGCCGCCGUCUUGGUGGUCGGAUCAAGAUGUGCACUUCUGUGUUUGUCGAGACCGAGACGCCGCCUGCCGUUUUCUUCAGCAGUGGCGGGUCUCGUGGAGGCUUUGGUGAGAUGACCAUCUUCAAGCAACGGUUCAUGCGUUGGAACUUUUUCUUCGUCAACGGCAUGUGGUACGAUAUGGCCUAUAUCCUGACCAGCUGGAACCUGGGGUGGUGGGAGAUUGGCGCAAAGCUGUUUGUGUUCCAGGAGGUUUACGAGACGCUUUUGUAUCUUCUUACGCCUUUUGUGCUGCCUAUUUCUUUUAUCGUUAGACCUUCUUUCUGCGGCUAUCUCCUCGCAUCCACCGUCGUCCUGUAUCUGAUCAACGUUGUCAUCUUCAACGAGGUUCAUCUACGUCUGAAGAAGGAGCGCGUCGCAUGGAGUGUUUUGAUUUUCUAUUACAUGCCCUACAAGAUUGUCCUUACGUUCAUCAACGUCGCCAGCUGCUACUGGUCGCUGUACAAGUACGCGCGCUACUUUGCCAAGCGUCACCCCAAGGUCAUUGAGGACGAGAAGGCCGUCGAGGUUGUUUUGCGUUUGGAGGAGAGGCCGGAGCAGCAGAAGCAGCAGCAGCAGCAGUCGACCGAGUUAGGUCGUCGUCUGACCGUCACGGCGCCGGUUGCGGCGGCGGCGGGGGUUGAGGAAUUUGAUUUUGCAGAGAAGCGGAAGACGAGCAUGGCGCGGAGCAUGGUCUAG